GGACCCGAAGCUGCUUCCUGAAUCAGGGUUAGCUUACUGCCUGCUGCGGCUCACAGUAGCCGAGAACGUCAGGCUUUCUGGGCUGGUUCUGACGAGUGAACAAAGAGAAGAACCUAAACGACAGUUGAACUCGGAACAUGGAUUACUGGAGUGCCUUGGAGGUGUAUAAGGAGAUGUUGCUGGUGUACCUGGAGGAAGGCCGGCGGCAGGUCAACUCGCGCUGCUCUGACCUAGAGCCGUGGCAACUCAUCGGAGCUUCUGUCCUCACCACUCUGGGAAUUUUCUGGCUCAAAGGAUUUCUCUUCCAACAAGAGAGUCUCACAUCCCGAAUCAAGAAGCAGUGCUUUCGACUCAUCAGAAAAAUGCCCUUCGUUGGUGACAGUAUUCAGAGGCAGCUGAAUAAGGCUCUGGAUGACAUGUCUGCCAGUCUGUGUACUCUGAAGGAGGGGAUGAGCUACACUAAACAGCUGCCCUCUAAGGGUCUAACCCAGAGCCAAGUAAUGGAAAAAAUCAAAGAGUAUGAUACCCUGAAUGAGGUACAGUGGGAGAAAGGGUGUGUUUCUGGUGCAGUGUACUGGGGUGAUGAAACACUGACCAAACUCCUAGUGAAGGUGUAUGGAGAUUUUGCUUGGAGCAACCCUCUUCACCCGGACAUCUUUCCUGGAGUCAGGAAGAUGGAAGCUGAGGUCGUUCGAAUGUCUUGCACCCUGUUUCAUGGUGGACCUAACUCCUGUGGAACUGUCACUUCAGGAGGAACUGAGAGCAUACUGAUGGCCUGCAAAGCAUACAGGGACAUGGCACACGAGCGAGGUGUGAAGUACCCGGAAAUUCUUGCACCGGUGAGCGUCCAUGCAGCUUUCGACAAAGCAGCACAUUACUUUGGGAUGAAACUUGUCCACAUUCCUCUCGACCAGAAGACUAUGAAGGUGGAUGUUAAGGCAAUGAGGAGAGCCAUCAGUAAAAAUACAGCCAUGCUUGUCUGCUCGGCGCCCCAGUUUCCCCAUGGAAUCAUAGAUCCGGUGGAAGACAUAGCCAAGCUGGCUGUUCGCUACAACAUCCCACUGCAUGUGGAUGCCUGUUUGGGCGGAUUUCUCAUUGUUUUCAUGGAAAAGGCCGGUUACUCACUCGCCCCAUUUGACUUCAGAGUAAAGGGUGUUACCAGCAUCUCUGCAGACACCCACAAGUAUGGAUAUGCCCCCAAGGGCUCCUCUGUGAUCCUCUACAGUGAUAAAAGUUACCGUCAGUACCAGUACUUCGUAGCUCCAGACUGGCAGGGGGGAAUCUACGCCUCACCCUCCGUAGCGGGCUCCAGGCCAGGAGGAAUCAUCGCCGCCUGCUGGGCGACUAUGAUGCACAUGGGAGAAAACGGAUACGUGGACGCCACCAGGAAGAUCAUCAGCACGGCACGCAAGAUCAGAAAUGAGAUCAAAAAAAUAAAGGGAGUGUUUGUGUUCGGGAACCCAGAGGUGUCCGUUGUGGCCAUCGGCUCCGAGGUGUUUGACAUUUUUCGCCUUUCUAAUGCGCUGACGUCAAAGGGCUGGAACCUGAACACGCUGCAGUACCCAUCCAGCAUCCACAUUUGUUGCACGGUGCUGCACACCCAGCCUGGGGUUGCCGAUCGGUUUAUUCGUGAAGUCAAAGAUCAAGUCGCCAUUAUCAUGAAGAACCCCAAAGAGAAAACCACAGGAAAGGGAGCCAUCUACGGCAUGGCACAAGCCAUCCCAGACAGAUCCCUGGUGACGGAGAUCUCCCGGGGCUUCCUGGACUGUCUCUACAGCACGGAGGCACCGAAGUCCAACAUCAGCCACAUGAACGGCAACGGCAAAGCCCACUAAACUGAAAAAAGCCUGGACGCUCCCCGCCUGAACCCCCCAAAGGGAAAUGCGUUCCAAGUUAAAUUGCUCAACGGUUGCCUUAUCUUGCAUAUUUAACAGCACUGAAAACAUCGGCAGAACAUUUAGAAGAACAAGCCAUCAUCGUUUAGAUCAGCCCAGAGGGAAACUGCUCCCCCUAGUGUGCUGGGGAAGAAUUAACUGGGUCUAGCUAAACCUUCAACUUGAUUUUAACAAUGCCAUGGGACUGUUUCUGACUCUGUGUGAUUGCUUUUUUAUUUUACCAUUUCAGUGAUAGAUUUCAUUACUUAGGCCAACCCUGUUUCCCUACAGGUGCAUCUCAAUGCAUUAAAAAAGCAUAAGUUUGAAAAGUAAAACUCAGAUUUAGAUUCAUUACACAGAGAAUUAUAUGAUUUACGCAUUUAUUUCUGUUCAUUUUAAUAUUUACGACUUAAAUCGAAUGAAAAGCUAAAAUUUGCCUUCUCAAAAUUAGAAUAUUACAUUUAAGAAACCACUAAUUUCUUUUUCUAAAUGUCCUGCCUCAAUGCAGCUCAGCAUGGAGGGGAUCAGCCCAUGGCAGUGCUGGGGAAGCCCAUGUUACUAUAACAGCAGCUUUCUGCUCGUUUGCAUUGUUGAGUCUUCAGUCUCUUCAAUGGGCUUUGCCUCCUAGUCCUCUCAGGCCUUACCGCCGUUUUUCCUUCCACUUAACUUUCCAUUAACUAUGCCUGUGUUCAGCACUCUUUGAACAGCCAUCUACUUUAGCCUUCUGUAGCUCACCCUCCUUGUGGAAGGUGUCAGUGACUCUACUGGACAGCUGCCAUUACGUGGCCCUACUUACUGGGUCUUAUGUAAUAGUUUCUAAGAAAUGGAUUUUUGGUUUUCAUUUGGUCUGCACCAUAAUCAUCAAAAUGAACAGAAAAAAAUAACGGUUGAAAUAUGACUGUGAGUUAUGAAUCUAUACAUGUUUGACUUGGUAUUAAAUUAUGGAAAUGACGGUACUUCCUGAUAUUUUAAUUGAGAUGCACCCGUACUUACACUAUAGCAAAACCGUUCAGUUUUUUAUUUCUAGUAUUAUUGUUUUUGUCUGAACAUUUCAGCUCAUUGUCUGUGAUGACAACUCAAACCACUAAAACCUUGUCAGAAUUGCUGUGCUGCCCUCUAGCAUGAAAGCUGAUGUGCUGCAGCGUACCGGCUGAACAUUUCUAUCAAAGGGUAACAAAAUAACCUCAAUCUGCAGCAUUUCUUAAUGCAAAGAGCUCUGCAAGGCCCUGAUCAGAACACAUCAGCUCAAACCGUAAGACACUUGUCUGUUGUAAGCAUUUUUAUUCUGUUUUAAGCAUCCGCAGAGGUUUGCUUUGUGAGAAUGAUCAUGGGAAUUUCAGAUACUAAUGGCAUAAGAGAGAACAAAGGCAUUAAUACUCAAAUUUGAUAAGGUUUCAGGUUGGAAUCAGCUUGUAUCUUCUUAACAGACUGAAGCUUCUGCUGUUUCAAUUCUUGGUCUACUUUAUUAUCAAGCAGCAUAAAUCAGCAGUUCAGUUUUACUCUGUGUUUAACGUUCUGUGCAAAUCUUUCUCCUUAUUAAAUCUACCUCAAUUUCUACUCUGUUCCUCCACUGAAACAAUCCUGCUGGGUGAUUGUUUUCCACACCACCACUGGCAGAGAUGAACUGCAACACAGGCUGCCGCUGAGCGGGAUCUCUCCCGCUUUAACCGAGGUUUUAAAUCCACAGGCCGACCGCUUGGGAGAAGUUUUCUGUCUCCCGUCAGCCGGAGAUUAACAAUGCAUACUGUAACACCUUGUUCUCGGAUUCAUUUGCUCUCCUAAAACAGUUAAAAUAGUUUUCAUGUUUGUGCAAUAUAUGUUUUCCUUGUAUGAAGUGGGAUAAAAGAGGGAAGCUCUGCUGUUAACGUCAGAGUCAGCUUGUAUUAAUAAUUUAAAACAUUUGUGUGACCACUUUCUAAUCAGUAAUCACUUAAUUCUUUUUUGUGAGCAUUUCUUUUCAGAGGUAGUAUUUUUACUUGGAAUAUACAAGAAUGUGCCUGAAUUAUUGAAUCAUGAUACAGCCCAGUAACAUUUCCAUCAUAUCUGUCUGUUAAACAUGAGUCCAACAAUCGCUCGUUGUGUUUUGCUCUGAAACAAAUAACCUAGAAACUGAUGAAUGACUCUGAAGACUCUUUCAAUAAAGACCUUUUGCUGUAA